GUCAAGUUACAAACUCUGGUAACCAAACGCGACGACAGGGAGAAGAAAACGCUUCAAUUAUUUACACUCAAACCAAACACACACCGUGUGGACACAUUUUCUUGGCCUUAUAAGACAGUUUUAACUCUUAUCCAUGAGGCUGUAUGUUGAUAUUUGGUUGUCAGGGUGUUUAUAAAGUCUAGAUGGAGAUUUGAACGCAAGUUUUGGACGCCCAGUAUCCGGUCGAAAUAGGCGAGAGAAAUCAUGGACACCUUCAGCACCAAAAACCUGGCUCUCCAGGCCCAAAAGAAGCUCAUGAGCAAGAUGGCGACCAAGACGGUGGCCAACCUCUUCAUCGACGACACCAGCAGCGAAGUGCUCGACGAGCUUUACCGGGUCACCAAAGAGUACACACGCAACCGCAAGGAAGCCCAGAAGAUCAUCAAGAACCUCAUCAAGAUGGUGGUCAAGUUGGGCGUCCUCUACCGCAACGGCCAGUUCAACAACGAGGAGCUGGCACUUGUCGACCGUUUCCGGAAGAAGGUGCACACGCUCGCCAUGACCGCCGUCAGCUUCUACCAGAUCGACUUCACCUUCGACCGCCGCGUCAUGAGCAACCUGCUCAACGAUUGCCGUGAACUGCUACACCAGGCCGUCAACCGGCACCUGACCGCCAAAUCUCACGGUCGCAUCAACCACGUGUUCAAUCAUUUUUCCGACUGUGACUUCCUGGCCACGCUGUACGGCCCUUCGGAAGUGUACCGCGCUCAUCUGCAGAAGAUCGCUGAGGGAGUCAAUAAGAUGUUGGAUGAUGGCAAUCUUUGACCACUACUUGAAGUUAUUUGAACACUUUUCUUUGUGUGUUUUGGUCCCUCAGUUAAAAAGUUGAGGGCUCCUCUGAGAAACUUCUGGUGCCUUAUUCUUCUGGUUGAACGUUGAGUGAAUGUUGAACAUCUGUUCUGAAUGUAUGUUUGUCUUUUACCAACUUUGACUCCUGUAACUUUUUUAGAAUAAAUUGGGAGUUAGAGGCUGUUUACAACACGAGCCUAAAGGAUUUCUUCAUCCAGAUGUUCAAUUCUAUCAUUAUUUACUUUCCCUCAUGUCACUGGUUUACAUUUCUACCUUUUUUUUUCUCAAAAUGAGGAAUUUCAGAGUACGUUACGCAGCUCUUGCGAUACAAAAACAAAUCAUAGUAAUAGAUUUUCAUCACCAAAAAUGUUUUUAAAAGUAGAAAGUGCAUCUUGUGCUAUAAUCUUAAAUCACAUGAUAGCUUUGUCUGAGGGUCAGAUCCAAAUUUAAAAUCACAAAUAACUGCACUUUGCUGAAUUUAUUAAAUGAUGCGUGGACGUUUUGUUUGCUAAUUAUGUUGACAACCAAUGUCGUUUUUUACAAUUUUUUUUUCAGUUUCCGUUUUGUUCCUCAAAAACUUGUUGUGUGGCUUUAAAUUAAAAGUCAUGGAUUUCUCCUUUGCUGUUUUUCGUCAAGAGCUGCGUUACGAUUUUUUCUACAAAAGUUUCUACUUUAGGAGCACGCAAAAAUAAAAGCAGGAAUGAAAUGAGUAAAUAAUGUCAGAACGUUAAUGCAACCCAAUGCAGUUUUUUGCAUUGUGUGUGUCCGAGAGUCAUUUCAGAAUGUGUUUUUUUUAUUUUACGAUGAGCCUUCAAAGGAAAUGAUGGCUCAUUAGCAAACCUCUUUGAUGGAGAGACGUCUAACAGUGGAAAUGCAGUAUUUAACGUGGAGACGCAAUGCAUUCGGGACGUUUGACCCCGUUUCAUCUGUAAUUUUAGGAAACGAGCCCUAAGGUGUCACAUCAUCACUUCCUGUUGAUAUAAAACUGAAUUUCAGACAGAAGAGGAGGCUGAAGAUCUGUACUGAACUUGGUCACGUAGAGGUUUACAUUUGGUCUGUUCACUCCCCCCACGCCGGUAGAAAGUCUUCACGAUGAUGCAGUUCCUGAUCAGGGAACAAAGAUGAUGUGAGAGAAUUUUUUUUUAACCUUCUGCUACCUUUCGAUGCACUUUUAUUUCCCGUUUUAAUGAAGGUUUCAUGUAUAUAAAUAGAUGACUGAGAAGUCGAUUCAUUCUGAUACAUCACCUGUGUUUUUUGUUUAUGUCUGUGAGCCUUGUAUGAACAAAGAUUUUUUUACAAAUUUGCAGAGUAUUCAGAUUUGACUUCAUUUUGAAAUGGCCGACGCUGUAGGAAUCGCAAAGUUAAAGCACUGAUCCAGGAUCGGAUACCACUGGGUAAUUUUCGAUCUCGGUCAUUUGGUGUUUCUAUAGAACAGUUAUUUCUUCUGUAUGCACUUCUUAUUAUGACUGUUUUUCAUCAGUUGCUGAAGGAGAAUUUGUCUAGACACAAGACUUUGUCAACCUCAAGGUUGCAUACAAAUGACCAAAAAUGUCACGCUGGAGGAAGGUGAAGUAAAGCAGUGAAAGCCAUAGCCAUCGUACCUCCCGAUUCAUCUUAAACCUCUCAGGGUUCAGUCUUGCAUUUUACCCUCGCUGUUUUACACCAAUUUAGAAGGAUUAAGCUUUUAUUUUUUGGGAGUGUACCCGAGCAUUACGUUUUAAGGUUUUUUAAGUGAAAAUCUAAACAAAUCAUGAACAAAUCCUGUCUAUGUACAUUGUCUGUUUGGUUUCUUUUUUCUAAAAAAAAAAAAGUGUACAAAUGCAGUGUGUGUGUGUCUAUAAUAUAUAAAUGAAUGUGACGU